AUGGCUCAGGGAAGAACUCCUUUCCGGUCGCUGUUUGUCUUGGGAGCUGGCCUUCUGCUUCUUUUCCAACAGCUCGCCUUCACAGGGACACCAGGUGCAAAGAGGCAGACGGCACUUCGACGAAAUGCCGAGACUGAAAGUGCUGUGAUGACCGAGUCUGAACAGCUGCGGGCGGAGAAGAAGGCAGCGACCCUCGAGGCAAUUGAGGCUGCUGCGCAGCAGGAUGCGCCAAUGGGCGAAGACUUGGGCAACUUUUGGGUGAAUCAGCCUGGCCAGCUGUCCUUCGAAGUCCAGUUCAAUCGCGGCGACAAGGUGAAGGACCUGAGGACAGUCAUCGAGAAGGUCACCGGGAUCCCUCCAGAUGCGCAGGAGAUCCGCGCGGGCGGAGACCUUCUCUGGAAAGACGGUGUUUUCCUCGAGGGCUUGGACCUUACCGACAUCUGGGUCAUGGACGACCGGGACGACUCGCCAGAGCGAGGCGAGUGGAACCCCGAUCCGGAGGAGGAUAUGGAUCCUCUCUCCAAUCCUUUGAAGAUUGCCAUUUAUCUCUUCAGUGGCAUCAUUGGCAUCUUCUGGGUGACACAGGUCCUUGGCGUCAAUCCGUACGGCAACUGGCCAGAAGGUCCUCGCGCAAACUGGGCUGAGGUGCCGGAAGAUCUCCGACCGGGUGCCGAGCCCUACCAGCGACCUCAAGCUCUUGAUGUUGACGAGAAAACGCAGAAGCAGCUUCUGGAGCAGCGAUUGCCCAGCAAGCAAUUGAAGUCCAGGAAGCCGGACAGUCAAAGUACACAUCUGCUUCCUGCUCAGGACGAGUGCGAUGCUCACAAUGACUCCUGUGGUUUGUCGUUGAGGCAGCUUCGUGGUCAGGGCCUGGAGCAGUUGGAGCUCGAAGACUUUUUGGCGGGCGCAGACUUUGACGAGGAGGAGGCCAUGGAGGUGGCCAAUCAGACCGGUGGUGAAUAUUCAUUCUAUGCGUAUCGUGCGAAGAAUGACAAGAACUACGAGGACACGACACGCGGUAGCAAGCACGUGCUACAGAAUGUCAACAUGGCCAACCUUCCGGGUGUGAUGUGGUAUCUGCACAGCGAAGUUGUUGGACAUUGUCCUCGCAAAUUUGGGAUUGUCCGCAUUCUUCGCUACAAGAUCACCAUGAAGCCGACUCCGGAGCUCGAGCGGACGGGCCAUCCCUUCGCACAUCUCUGCCACUUUGACAGCGGUGCUUGCACUGGUCCUCAGCAAAGCUUGGAUGAGUACCAGAAGAGCCUUGGUAUGGAUUUGUUGUCGGCUGUGACCGACCGAAUCACCACCACGCUGCUUACAGACAGGCCACCUGGUACAGCUUUCCUGGCGAUUGAGAAGGGGGGACUUUGCAAGCAGGGUGAGCCCUGGUCCAAAACCUGCACCUGGCGACGGGAGUACGCUGGUGAGAUCUCGCUGGACGAGCUGACCCACAACUACCACUUUGAAGAGCGCUGCAAGAAGGGCUUCUACGAGUACAACGAAGCAAUGGACUGA